GAUUUUUUAAUAACAAAAACAAACGCCCGCCCGCCCACUCCGGUCAACACAGCUGCAUUUUAAUAAGAAAAUUAAACAACUUUAAUAAAUAAGAGCGUUUGUAACUGGACUGAGAAACGAUAAAAAAAUAUCUCGACUGCAGGACGGGACGUUAUUAAAACUCUUAUCACUCACAGGCGUCGCCUGGUUUCAUUCAUUGGAACGCGCCUUUCAGUUUAAUUCAAUUUGUGAUCUGAAAAGACACAAACCACAACUCGCGACAGACAAUCAGCAGGCAUUUAGCAGAGCAACAAAAUGUGCGACGAAGCCGCUGCGGAUCAUCAAGAUCAUCAUGUACACUUUGAUGCGGCCACGGUGAAGGAUGGCUUUGAGUCGGACAGCUGUGUGACAUAUCAGCGCUCGGGCGACACGAUCGCUGUGAGUCUGGGCUUUCUGCAGAUCAGCCAUCGCUAUCUGAUCGAUCUGAAGCUGCCGACAACGGUGUUCGGCGAUACGGGUGCGCCGGGCAGCAAGUUUGUGCCGGUUGUAAGCGCCACACCAAAUCUGCAUUGCCGGAUAACGGAGUUCGCUGGCACCAAGCACGACGAGCAUGACUUUUUCGAGAUGAAAAUCGAGUUCUUCGCCUACAAGGAGAAGCUGCUGCGUGAGGUGCUGCACAUUGUCAGCGCGAGCAACGCCAAGGAGCUGCUGCAGCUGGUGAUUGCCGCUCGGGUGCUGGGCAAGGGCAAGGGCACGCCCAUGCUGCGCACGGGCAUCCAUUGCAUUGGCGUGGAGCGGGACGAUGACGAGUCGGAGGCCUCGGACUUUGCCGGCUUCGACAACAGGCCCUAAAGCGGGAGUGGGAGCCCAGGACAGGCUUGCAACUCGCCCCAGCCGCAAUUUGUUUUUGCGUAGUUAAUUGAAGAUAUUUACAUAGUUCUUAAGUAAACGAAACGAAGCAAGAAAUAACUCUAAAAUUAAUAUGAUCUAACUCUAAGUCUUGCCUACUGCAUGGGUAAACAACCAACCUACCAAUCAAUCCAAU